AUCCCAUUGUCUUCAUUUUCUCCCUCUCUCAGACUCGUCAGUCAGAGCCACCGCCGACCAACCGUCACCUCUUCUCCUUCCUCUCCCCCACACCUCUACUUGCCAGCUUCUCACUAACUUCACUCAUCAGUUCGACCGCAUACCGUCUCACACGCACGGUCACGGCGCUUCGCACUUCUUGCGCGAUCACUACAUUCGCACCUGUCGCUGCGCUCCUCCCUGUCGUCCGCAAUUUUUAUUUUGCCGAUCGUGCUUCACUUAAAAGGAAGAAGAGCUCGGAUACAUCACCUAGGAUGGAAGACUUUGACCUAGAAUUGGAUGAAAUGGAAUUAGUUGCUGCUGCUGCUGGUUACUAUUAUUAUAACAGUAUAACGAAGCAGCCUCAUCCUAGUUUGUCACCCAAAGACAGUGGAUUUAUGGCUGAAGUACUGGAGGGACCUGAUGAGAUAUGCCGGGAUAUGUUUAGGAUGGAUAAACAUGUCUUUCACAAAUUAUGUGACAUCCUUCGACAGAGAGGCAUGUUGCGCGACACUGCUGGUGUUAUGAUAGAGGAACAAUUGGCAAUUUUCUUAAACAUUGUGGGUCUUAAUGAACGGAAUAGAGUAAUCCAAGAGCGGUUUCAGCAUUCAGGGGAAACCAUAAGUCGACAUUUCAACAAUGUUUUGAAGGCAGUUAAGUCUUUGUCACGUGAAUUCCUACAGCCACCUCCUCUCACCACGCCUCCAGAAAUUCUCAAUAGCAGUAGAUUUUACCCACAUUUUAAGGAUUGUAUUGGGGUCAUAGAUGGCUUGCAAAUUCCUGCAAAUGUCCCAGCAAAAGACCAGUCUCGGUUCCGUAACAAGAAAGGCUUUUUGUCUCAAAAUGUUCUGGCAGCUUGCACGUUUGAUCUACAGUUUAUAUUUGUAUACCCCGGUUGGGAAGGUUCUGUAGCAGAUUGCCGUAUGCUGAGAGCAGUUUUACAUGAUCCAGAUCAGAAUUUCCCUCAGGUUCCCACAGCAAAAUAUUAUCUGGUUGACAGUGGAUAUAUAAAUAUGGAAGGAUUUAUUGCUCCAUAUCCAGGUGUUCGGUAUCAUCUCCAUGAGUACAGAGGUGCUAGUCAACUGCCUCGAAAUGCAAAGGAACUCUUUAACCACCGGCACUCUUGCCUAAGAAAUGUGAUUGACCGGUGUUUUCAUGUGCUGAAAACUCGAUUUCCUAUUCUCAAACUUGCCCCUCAGUAUGCAUUUCAUAUUCAGAGGGAUAUUGUAAUUGCUGCGUGUGUUCUACAUAAUUACAUCCAAAAAGAAGAAAAGAAUGAUUGGUUGUUUGCUGGUAUCGAGGGGCUGGCAGAGGAAGAGUUGCCUGAGUUCGAUGAACAACCUGAAAUGCAGUUGACUUCCUCGAUACAGGAACAAAUUGGUUCAGAAUUACGCGACUCCAUUGCAGCAACUAUGUGGAAUGAUUUUAUGAGUAGGUGGGAUGAAUGGUGAUUUGGCACAGGUAGGAAUUAGGAUUUGAUAGAGAAGAUGUAUAGCAUUUUUUUUUUCUAAUGCUAGUUUUCGCCAUGUUUAUGUAUGCAUUCAAUCCGGGCAGUGGUGGUUGUUAAAAGCUGUUAGGUGUUUUCGUGUGAAUCCGGGAAGGUGAAUGAGAAGAAUUUGAAUUUGGUAUUUUA